CAUGUUUCUUUUUCCUCUAUCGAUAUGAUCGAACGGCCGAUAGAUGGCAGUGCAAUACUGUGACGUAACUACUUAGCAUACCAACCUGACAGACGACGUAGCCAUCCAUACAUUGCAUUGACAGACUGACAGUCACUGGAGGAGAGAGCAGCAACAAUAAACUCGUCAGCCUUUCGCACAUUAAUGAAGUUAGUUGUCACAAUUAUGGAUUUAUAUUCCACCAGUUUAAUGCUAGUUGGUUUAUGUCAUUCCACUGAAAUGAAUGAAAACAACUACAAUUGAAGUUCUUCUGGAAAAGAUGCUUGCUUACUAUCUACCUAUUACAUAAUAACCAUUGUGCUAUCACUAGCACAUACCUAUAAUUCGAAAGUAUACACCGUUCACACUUACAAUGUGUGAAUACAUGAAAAAAUACUUUUCACCACGACUGUUGGAUUAUAUUGUGAUUGUGGGAACUCGCAACCCAUAUCAUAAUAAUAAUGUAGCACAAACACCUGAGCUGCUUCGUCGUUAUCCAGUUGAAGACCACAAAGAUUUCCCACUUCCAAAUGAUGUUAUCUUCUUCUGUCAACCAGAAGGUUGCAUCAGUGAAGGGCCCAGAAGAACUAGCCUGCGAGAAACUACACCUUUUGUAUUUACAUUAACUGAAAAAGAUUCUGGAAUUGUUCGAUAUGGAAUAUGUGUAAACUUUUUCCGUCCUUUUGAACGGAAAACUCAUUCAAGUGAAAAGUCUCGUGAUCGUUAUGAUCAUUAUGGAGAUCCCAAUAAAUUAGCACCCCAUCAUGGAGACACUGAUCACCCACAAAGAUCACCAAGGACUAGACGACGUCUAAAAACAGCCAGCCGGGUUAGGAAUAAUACCCUAACAUCACUAUGCAUUGUCAGCCAUCAUCCUUUCUUCUCUACAUUUCGAGAGUGUCUGCUUCUCUUACGAAAGUUAAUUGAUGCAUGUCAUGACAGAAGUUGUACACGCAGAAUUGGUGGCUCAAAAGGUUCCACAAGGGAUACAGUAUGGAGUGUUUUGACCGGACAAUGUACUGACAGUAUUCCUGGUUUGGUUCUUCAUGAAAUUCGAGAAAUAGAAAUCUGGAUGUUACGUCUGCUUAGUGCACCUGUACCGGUGCCAGCAAAAACCAGGGUAGAGGUACAAGUAUUACCGAAAGAUAUGGUUUCCUCUUCUCUUCUCUUUGCCUUACCUGAUCAUACUCGGUUUACAUUAGUAGAUUUUCCUCUCCAUCUGCCCUUAGAACUACUUGGUGUGGAAACCUGCCUCAGAGUGUUGACACUUAUAUUGCUAGAACAUAAGAUUGUUUUACAAUCCCGAGAUUAUAAUGCCCUUUCGAUGAGUGUCAUGGCCUUUGUGUCUAUGUUAUAUCCACUGGAAUAUAUGUUUCCUGUAAUUCCAUUACUUCCAACAUGUAUGAGUAGUGCAGAACAGCUGUUGUUGGUACCAACUCCUUAUAUUAUUGGAGUACCAUCAAGUUUCUUCUUGUACAAGGCAGGCUUCACGAUGCCUGAUGAUGUUUGGCUUGUAGAUUUGGAUUCUAACAAGAUCCAAGCUCCCACUGGAGCAGAAGAAUUGCCUUUACUGCCAGAUCACGAAGGAGGCAAAUUAAAAAAUCAUCUCAAACAGGCCCUUGCCAGUAUGAGCAUGACUCCUCAGCCUAUUAAAAACUUAGAUGCUUUAGCUCAAAGUCCUGAGCUACUAAAACGAAGAGAGAGCUUUGACUCAAACACAGGUUUCAAUCCUCUUAUAUACGGUAAUGAUGUUGAUUCAGUGGAUGUGGCAACACGUGUUGCAAUGGUCCGGUUCUUCAAUUCUCCAAAUAUUCUUGGAAACUUCAGUGAACACACUCGAACACUUCGCUUGUAUCCGCGUCCUGUGGUUGCAUUUCAGCUUUACAGCUUCCUGAAAUCGCGUCCAGUGAAAACUCACUUUACAGCAAAGCUUGCUCGUACUCAAGCAGUUGAAUUUUAUGCCGAAUGGUCUUUGUGUCCAUCUAAUGUGGUGUUCCUGCGUGUUCAAACUGCUGUCUAUGAUCCAUCUUUAAUUGGAGAUAAACCAAAAUGGUAUUCACAUCAACUUCAACCGGUGGAAUUUAAAGUUUAUGACAGUAAUUCUUCUCUCGGAGCAGCUUUAACAUCUGCAUCAGAAAUUCACAGUGAUGAUAAUCCAACUGACGAGAGUGGUAGUGACAGUGAUGGAGCAGACAGUACUAGUUCAUCAUACUCAUCACUAAGUGAUUUUGUUACUGACAUGGUCAACAGUGAAAUUGAUGGAGAUACACCAAUUUUUGUGCCUGAAAACCAAAUCCUGGCAGUUGACCACUCAAAAAUAUUCUCCCCUCCCAGCAAAUUACUUGUUCCUGAAACAAAUAUCAGCACAAAUGAAUCAAGCCUUACAACGCAUGAAAGUGAUGGGGAUUCUUCAGCAUCCUCUAGUCCAACUUACAGUCAAGAUAAUCAUCCUUCGUUUGCUGAAGAUCAAAAAGAAGUUGUGCCUGACGUUUUUCAAUAUGAUCCCCAAAAUACAUCAGUGGAAAGCAAACUAUCAAAUAGUUCUUCAAGAUCUGUAACUGGUGGAGGCAAGCCAGGUUAUGUACAGCCAUUGUCCUCAAGUGCAAGUUCACAAGCUCCUGUCGUUCCAUCACUGAAGUCAAAUACCAAUGAGAAAAGAAAUACACCCUAUUCACUACCCCUCUCUGAUAGAACACAGUCUUUGGAGUCUCCUGUUGGCCCUAGUCGCACUAGUGGUACUCCUAGUUAUUCAAGUCAGAAACCUGCUUUUGGUGCCAUCUCUACUGCUCACACAUCAGGAAAACGUCCUCUAAAAUUAAAGCAACUGUCUGAAUCUUCAGACAAAUCUCCUACUGCAUCAUCUAUAAUGUCCACUAUCAGUAGUGAAUUGAGUGGCUUAGCUCAGAGCACUAGUAGCACCUUAUCGGGAUUUCUGGGAGAACUGGCUGGGAAUAAUCGAUCUGUUAUGCCAAACUUCCACAGCAAACCGCAAAAUAAACCAUUUGCACCUUUAGGUAACCGAAGAGCACGAGUUGAGAAAUCUGGAUUAGUAAAACAAGCUACAAGCCAACGACCACGUGAGAUCACAAGGCAACAAUCUACUGAAUCCCGGCCUAAUUCUAAUAGUGAAAACCAAUCUUUCUUGAAAGAAAUUAUAAGUUCUGUUGUGGAAGGACAUGGCGUAAGUUGGUUGAAAAUCAAUCGCCUCAAGAAAUUAAUGGAAGAUGAAAAUUAUCGUAAUUUUGUUGUUAGUCGGCUGAACAAGAACCUAGAUAAAAAACUAACUGAUGACUCCCAGCAUAUUGAAGAUGUUUGUGUAAAUCGUCAAGUAUUUAAAGGCAUGUUGACUGUAUUGAGAGCUAUGGUCCAUGGUUUAGAAUAUACAUAUACAAACUAUGGACUUGGUGGUAUGGCUAGUGCAUUUAUGGUGCUCGAAAUAUUACACACACAUUAUUGGUUGAAAGAAGUUGGCAAUAACAGCAAUAAAAGUGAAGCUAGUGUCACACCUGAGAUUUCAUCCCCCUAUGGAAGCAGAGAAAGCCUUUCAUCGAAAGGUGAGGACUCACCCAAAAAUCCUGAGGCCAGAAGCUUGCAUGAGGAGCACAUGGUGGCUGCCCUUGGUCAUACCUACACAGGGUGGCUGCCUGAACGAGUUUCUCCCUCACAAAUGUAUUCCGACCAGUCCUCUUCUAGCGCCAGCACCGAGUCAGGUUCUCCAGUCAUUAUCAAUGGAGAAGAAUUUGAAAACAUAGAAAUUGCAUCAGUUGGUGAAACUACAAGUGAAGAUGCCUAUCGAGAUACUGAUGCUGGAGAAGCUGAAGAACAAUCAGAAAGUGAUAAAAGUCACAGUGCUGAUCAAACAAAUACAACUGACUCUGCUUCUGAGAAUGUCAAAUCUUGUGACAUUGUUGUGACUGGUGCUGAACCAGAUAAGCAGUCUGCAGAUACUGAAAGUGAUAUUCUUCAUGAUCUUGUACGCAAUAAAGAGUUACUUAAAGCUCGGAAGAAAAAUAAGGUUAACAGCAUUGAUUCAGAAGUCUCUGAUGGCAGCACAUUAGUAAGCAGUAGCUCUGAUAAUCAACCUGAGGAGGAACGGCGCCAGAAACCAAAGGUUAGCCAUCAUUUGGUUAGGAAUACUGUGUCAGAUAGUGAGAUGGAACUUUCUGGGAUGGUGAACUACCACAGACGUAGUCGAUCAUCAAGUAUCUGGAGUACUAAAAGUAAUUUAAGUGCUGGAUUUCGUUAUCAUGAUGGAAAGAUGAUUAAUACAUCCCCACUACCUAGUCCAGAGACAGGGAAAACAUAUCUUUUUGAAGGCUUAAUUGGUAAAGAACGCAGUCGUUUAUGGGAUUCAAUGCAAUUUUGGGAGGAUAUGUUUUUAGAUGCGGUUGCCCAGGAAAGAGAUAUUAUUGGCAUGGAUCAAGGACCAGGUGAAAUGAUGGAAAGGUACAAUUCACUUGGAGAUUCAGAAAAAAAACGUUUAGAACAUGAUGAAGAUAAAUUAUUGUCUGAUAUGUUAUAUAAUCAUAUUGGGUUUAUGGUAAUGAUGGAUGUAAAGAAACCAGAAAUCAAGAAAAAAAUUAGACGAUUGCUUGGUAAAUCUCACAUUGGCCUCCAAUACAGUCAAGAUGUCAAUAACCUUUUAGAUGAAGUUAAUAAAUUGAAUGGCAAUGAUAUUGAUCUGAAACCCAUGGGCAGCAGACUCAUGCAGAAACAGUCAUUCACUGUACAUUGGGGCAGUGACAAUACAGGGGAUAUGUUGUUUAUGGAGGUAUGCGAUGACUGCAUUAUCCUACGCAGUGUUACAGGAGCAAUAUGUGAUCGAUGGUGGUAUGAGAAGCUGGUCAACAUGACUUAUUGCCCAAAAACCAAAGUUUUAUGUCUCUGGCGAAAAUAUGGUGAACGCGUACAUCUUAAUCAGUUCUAUACUAAAAAGUGCCGGGAACUGUAUUUUUGUGUAAAAGAAACUAUGGACAAGGCUGCCGCUCGAAAUAAUGGUAAAGUUCCAGGACCUGACAUUGGUGGUGAAUUUCCUGUACAAGAUCUCAGGUCUGGACAAGGAGGGCUACUCCAGGUGUGCAUGGAUGGUAUUGGGUUUCUUCUAGCUAAUAGCAAGGAUUUUGAGUUCUUUAUUGAGCUAUGUCGUGUCAAGAAAUGUUUCACACAGAAAGGAGGCAUAUUUGUACUAGAGGAGUUUGAUCCCAAAACUAGGCAAGUGAUUCCUCAUAAGUUUAAAUCCAGCAUGGCUGACCAGAUCUGUUAUGCAGUUUUGUGUGUCUUCUCUUAUGUAGCUGCUGGGAUAGAGAAUGGAAAGUUGACUAAAGUACAUUCAUUAGAAUGUCUCAACAAGGACUACAGCAACAACAAUGGUAGUAGCAACAUUAGUAACAGCAAUAAUAGCUCAGUUAUAUGUAAUAUUUUACAAUCCUCAGCUAAAGGCUCCCCUAGAACAAACACUUCCAGCCCUCGCUGUUCUCCUCCUUGCCCUUCACCAGCUGUAGCUUUGACUAACCUAGGUAAGAGUACUAAUGAAGUAACUACUGCUCACUAGACCUUUAUACAAAAUGUGGUCUUUGACUUAAUCUAUUCUUUUAUCAUUAAGCUUUGUCAUUCCACAAAGAACUAGUAACUGUUAUAUGAAAGCCAAUUCAGCUAAUACACUGUAUAUAUUCUUUUUUUUUUGCUUUCCUAUAUAUAAUCAACGUAAGUCAGUAAUGAUGUGAAUUUCUCUAUUGACUGAUAUAUAUAU